GUAAGACGCAGUCUGUGAAGCAGAAGUUUGAACCGUUUGGAUCUGCAAAAGCUGGACAUUAUGAACAAACAAGAGGAGACGUGGGAGAAACUGGACUCAGAGUUUGACCAUCACCUGGUUGACAUGAAACCAUAUGUCCUAAAACUCCACCACAAGACAGAGCGCCAGCGAUGUGCCCUGUGGAUCAAGAAGCUGUGUGACCCAGCUGUAUCCGGCUCGGGCCUGAUGGGACGCAAGAACCGCAACAUGUACUCCCGCCUUCUCCUGCACAUGCUCAGAAGAGGGGUCCUGGAGGGCCCUUUCAGCCACAAGCCAGAGUCAGGCAGUCUCAGGACUCUACCAACAUAUAUGUCCAUCUACUUUGAUGAGCCUCUAUGUGGCCGGGGCCUGGAUCAGAGCACUGCAGUCCUGCCUGACUGGGUAACAGGAGAGCUGGGCCAGGGUGACGACUCCUGGGACAGCCAGCUCAGAGAGAGGGCCAGCUCCUCACCCACAGCCUACUCUAACACACACAGGAGAAGACGGCUAAAUGAGGAGAAGUCUCCAUCUCGGCCCCUGGCCUCCAGCCCAGUCAAACGCUCUUCCGAAGACCACAACAAAGGGGUGGAUGGCCACAGGAAGCCAGUGGUGCCGUCUCCUGACGACAGUGACCUGGAGGCUCGCCUCAACAGCUGGAACCUGGGGAUUGAGAACCCCAGGUAUUUGAGAGAGAACCCUAUCCCCCUGUCUCCGAUAUUCCUCAAAUCCAGCCUGAAGAAUAGCACUGUGACUGAUGAGCACACCCCAGUUGCAAGACAGGAGAAAGAGGCUGAGAUGAAGACUAAAGUCCUGGAGGCCAAGCACCAGGAGGAGAAACUGAAGAUGCAGCAGAAGCACGACGCAGACGUGCAGAAGAUUUUAGACCGUAAGAAUGGCGAGAUCGAGGAGCUGAAGACCAUGUACAGAGCCAAGCAGAAGGAAUCGGAGGAGAGUGUGCGCAAGCUGGAGAAGAAAGUUCAAAGCGUGGUGCGUGAGUCCCAGGUCAUCCGCGAGAGCAAAGAGAAGCAGAUCGGCGAGCUGAAGAAGAUGUCAGAUCAGAGCACCGACUCCCUGAAAAACGAGUGGGAGAAAAAGCUGCAUGCGGCGGUGGCGGGCAUGGAGCAGGAGAAGUUUGAGCUGCAGAAGAAGCAUACAGAGAACAUUCAGGAGCUGCUGGAGGACACCAACCAGAGGCUGGCCAAGAUGGAGGCCGAGUACGGCGCCCAGACACGGGCUACCGAGCAGACAGUGCGGGAACUGGAGCUGCGUGUGAAGCAGCUGUCAGUGGAGGUGGAGAACGGUAACAUGCUGAGGCAGAAGGUGACCCAGGAGAAGGGCCAGAUGGAGAUCCACAUCGCCACCAUCAGCUCUGAGCUGCAGGAAGCCAACCGACGGAGGGUGUCUCUGCUGAGGGAGAAGGAGCAGCAGAGUGAGAAACAUGAAGACACACUGCAGAAGCUCCAGGCCAAACAUGAGACUGACAUUAGCCACUUCCAACAGGAACACACACUCUCCGCUGCUAAGGCCUCUGAUGUGAUUGAGGACCUAGAACAGACAGUGGCUCAGCUCAGACAGCAGCUACAGGACAGUGAGCACAGGAGACUGAAACAACUCAGGGACACAGAGAAGAAACUUCAACAAGAGAAAGCAGAUCUGCAGCACGACGGUGAGAAAAAGGUGCGUGCCCUACACAACCAGGCGGAGAAAGAGAGAGAAGAGGCCAAGAAGAAAAUCUCCAAACUUGAAGAGUCACUGAAGGAGAAGGAGGAGCAGCUGGGGCGUGAGAGGGAGUGUCAGCGGCAGCAGACCCAGCAGGCAGAGAAUGCUCUGGAACACUUUAAGAAACAAGUAGAGAUCAGCUCAGAGAAGACCUACGCUGACAUGAAACUACAGAUGGAUAAGGUGGAGGAGGAUCUGACCCGCUCCAAGUCCCUAAGAGAGAAACAGGCCAAGGAGUUCUCCAACCAACUGGAAGAGCUCAAACAGAGAUACGAACAGCAGAUGUGCGAGCAGCAUGCAGGGCAGGAGCAGGAGAGGAUGCGUCUACAGCAGCAGUACAGCACGGAGAGGGACAAUCUGGUCCAGCAGCGCCAGCGGGAGGUGAGCACCGUAGAGAGGGAGGCGCGGGCCGCCCUGCACCAGCACCAGCAGCAGACCCAGGAGUGGAGGCAACGCGACACCCAGGUCAUCUCAGACCUGGAGGAGCAGGUGUCCUCUCUGAGGGACGAGCUGCAGCAGGCCCACAGCCAGAGGAAGCAACAGCUGCUGGAGCUGGGGGUGCUCAGGGAGGAGGAGAGGCAGCGCGCUGCCCAGGACCAGGAGGCCUCCCUGGGCAGGCUGAGAGCCGAGAUGGACCGCAUCCGCCUGGAGCUGGAGAGGAGCCACAAGGCCGAGAGACAACUGGCCCAGGAGAAGACGACCAGUAGACUGAAGCAUAUCGAGAAGGAAUACGGUCAGAAGCUUGCCAAGUCUGCUCAGUUGAUAGCAGAGCUGCAGACGUCAGUGUGUGAUGCUAAGGAGGAGGCGUUGCGGCAGCAGCAGGAGAAGGAGCGACAGCUGAAGGAGGCUACAGCUCACUGGGAUGAUGAGAGGAGGCAGAUGAGCCGCCAUGCAGACACUAAGAACAAGGCCGUGGUGUAUGAGGAUGCAGUGCAGGUGGACAGCACUGUUUGGUCCUGGAGAGCAGGAGGAGCAGAGGAUGAUGGGAGUUUCACCUCAAGGCUCUUUGUGCUCCAUUCCCUCAGAGAGCAGGUGUGUGAAGAGAAGCGGUACAUUGAGGAUGAUGUCUUCACUGCCAAGAAGUUCUACUCACAUGAGAGCAGGAACUGA